GUGACUGACUCAGUAAGACAAACUCAUUAACUCAGGACCACCUUGGGACCAAAACCUGGACCAACAGCUGGACCAGCAGCUGGACCAGCUUGGGGAGCCCAGCUCAGUCUGCAGCUGCAGCAAUGGUUGAUGGGAAGCGACAGAGCGGCAGGGCUUCUCCUCCGGACGGUGGCUGGGGCUGGGUGAUCGUCGGCUGCUGCUUCAUGGUGACGGUCUGCACACGAGCAGUGACCAGGUGCAUCUCCAUCUUCUUCGUGGAGUUUCAGGCUCAUUUUGGAGCCGACUACUCAGCUACAGCCUGGAUCCACAGUCUGGUGGACUGCACCACCAUGCUCUGUGCUCCUGUAGGCAGUCUGGUUGGUAACAGGUGGUCCUGCAGGGUGGCGGUGAUGGUGGGUGGACUCCUGUCCUCCUGUGGUCUCCUCCUCAGCUCCUUCUCCUCCAGUCUGGAGCAGCUCUACUUCAGCCUGGGUAUCCUCUCAGGUCUGGGUUUCGCUCUGUGUUACACCCCCGCCAUCGCCAUGGUGGGCUGUUACUUCCGGCGGAGGAAGGCGUUGGCGUAUGGCAUCGCCAUGUCGGGCAGCGGGAUCGGGACCUUCAUGUUGGCGCCGGCCGUGCAGCUGCUGAUCGAGCUUUACUCGUGGAGGGGGGCGCUGCUUGUCCUCAGCGCCUUCGUCGCCAACCUCUGCGUCUGCGGGGCGCUGCUUCGACCAAUCACAGCACAAGAGGACGAGGAGGGGGCAGAGGGGGAGGAGCGGGAGUCAGCCAGUGAGGAGAGACGAGGUGAGGUGCAGUGACGUGUGCCGUCGUCAUCAUCACCUUCAUUUUUACCGUCGCUGCCCCUGCUGCCAGGAAACCCCGCCCCUCAGGUAAAGAGGAGGCGGUGCUUCAGUUCCUGCUUCCUGUCCAGUAAGGAGUACCGCUUCCUGCUGCUGCCAGACUUCCUGGGCCUGGCCGUGUCCUUCCUGUUCCUGGCGUGCGGCUGCAGCCUCCCCUUCGUCUACCUGGUGCCCUACGCUCUGAGCGCCGGCGUCAGCCACCAGCACGCCGCCUUCCUCAUGUCCAUCCUGGGAGUCAUCGACAUCGUGGGGAACAUCACCUUCGGAUGGCUGACAGACCGCAGGUGUGUGAAGCCGUACCGUCUGGCGUGUUACAUCGUCUCCGUGGGGAUGGAGGGAAUCUGCUGCCUCUUCACGCCGCUGCUUCGCUCCUUCCCGCUCCUCGUGCCCUUCGCCGUCCUCUACGGAUACUUUGACGGCGCCUACGUCGCUCUGAUCCCUGUGGUGACGUCGGACGUGGUGGGAGCUCCAUACCUGUCCUCGGCACUGGGUGUGGUCUACUUCCUUCACGCCAUCCCCUACCUCAUCAGCCCUCCCAUUGGAGGUUGGUUGGUUGACGUCACAGGAAGUUAUACGGCCACCUUCUUCCUCAGUGGCACUGCCCUGCUGGCAAGUGCACUCAUCCUCUCCACCGUGGUCGGGAUUCGUAGGUGCUGCCGCCGCCACCAUGUGACCACUGUCGCCAAUGAAACCAAGGACACCAAGCAUGAGGCCCUCCCCCUCAGCCCGUCCAACCAAUCACACUGCUUCAUCGCCUUCAACAAGGAGGCAGUCAGUCAGGUCAUCGCCUCGUAGCCUCAGAGGAAACGACCAAUUAGAUUCAAUGACACCAAAGACGACUGGAGGCGUGGGCUGUGAUUGGAUGAGCCAGGCACCAAUCAAAUGAAAGCCAGUGGAAGGUUUUCAAUGCAAGAAUCAAAAAGACUGACAAAACUUUAUGGUUUUAUUUUGUAGCAACAGGAAAUAAGCCUCUGUCACGUGACUGUGACGUCUGGACAAUCCCCCAAUUAGACAGGACGAUAAAGAGAAGGAUAAGUGGAAGAUGCUAAUGCUAGCAGACAGGCUAACUGGCAGCUUCUCGUACCUUCAGGCAGGAAAAAAACAUUCAAACAAACAAACAAAAAAGUACUUACAUGUUGAUGUCACCGCUGCGUCUGCCUUAAACUUUAAAGUGACAGUUUGGAUCCGAGGUGGUUUGAGUCGCCCACUGGUCGAGCUACAGUCACAAUGAGUGGACGUCUGUACGGAGACACACUGAGGCCAAAAGUCUGAACACGAAGAGGUUGAUUUAAAAACUCCAACGUUUCCACAGAUUAAAACACAUCUGUGAUGAAACCAGAUAAUUCAUAGUCUGUGACGUCAUGAGAUCAGUGACAGACUUUUAAAAUUAUGAUUUCCUGACUGAUGGUCGGACCCUGAACGCUCCGCUCUGAUUUCACAAGUUUAGAGUAAGAAACAAAAAAAAAGGAAAAAGACAAUCACAUGAUGCUUGUAGAUUGAGUCAGCUUUAAGACAGUUAUUGAUCUAUCAGACAGUUAUUGAUAUCUAUAGUUGUUAUUGAUAUGUAUAGUUGUUAUUGAUCUCUCAGGGAGGUAUUGAUCUCCCAGUGAGUUUUAUUAACAAGUCGAUCAGAGUUAGAUUUUUGCUGCUGCAGGAAGUUGAACUCAUUACCAAAGUGUUUUUAUGUUUCCAGUGAAGCUCAGAGGAACAAAGACGUCCUCACGUUUUUAACUCAAUAGAAUAAAAAAACAUUAGAUGGAUUUUAAAUAAAAGUUUAGGAGUGCUGACACUCAGUAGGUGGAGGGAAAUCAUCACCAGUCACAAACAUUUACCCUGACUGAGCUUCCUGUUCAUGUCAAAAUAAGAGUCUGGUGCUGGUGUGAAAGACCUGAGUGAAAAAAGCUGCUGUUCUUCAUUAGAAUAUUUACACAAAAUUAAAUGUCACUGUUUUUCUUUUGUUUGUUACCGACCUCCAUCACUUCACAAACACAUGAUGACGAUCGUUUUAUUGAUGAUGUUAUUAAUUAAAGGAACAUUCUGUCAGAGCCGAUGUCUCCUGUUUGUGUUUAUGUCCUCCACGACUUUAACUAGAACUGAAUAGAGAUGAAGCAGUUUAACAUGAACUCGAGUUUUUACAUAGUCAUUAAAACAGUUUUCA